AUGAUUGUGUCAGAGUACGCUUUGAAGUUUCAAUCUUUAUCCCGUUUUGCGCUGGAGUUGGUGGCUACCGAGGAAAGAAAAUGUAGAAGGUUUGAAAGGGGGUUGCAUGGCACUGUGAAGAGAAUGGUGAUGGCACAAUGCAAGGGGAGGUUCGUUAAUGUCGUCGAGUGUGCAAGGACCAUCAAGAUACCAAAGAAGGCACCAAGAAAUCCUAAGGUUUGGGAACCGAGGCAACAAGUAAGGGGUAUGAGCUUUUCUUCGGGGAGUUUUGGUAGUCAGGGGAGAAAGAGAUUGCAAGAUCAGUUUUCAGCUCCCCAGGGUCUGUCAAACUUUGGGCCUCCAUUUUCUUCUUCUUUUGGGACUCGAGGAGUUUCUAAUAGACCUCCAAUCGUGUGUCAUGAGUGUGGUCAAGCGGGGCACAUUCGUGCUCAGUGUCCGUGGCUUUUAGGUACAUGCUUUACUUGUGGGAAGGCCGGUCAUUUUGCAAGAAAUUGUCUGCAUGGGGAAAAGGCACGUAAUGAGUCUGGUUCGGUGCAGCAACCGAGGAGUGGACAGAGUACUAGUUGA